CAACAAUAACCACCAACAGCCCGUAGCCAUUUUGGCUCAAGAGGUGUUUUCGGCUGCCCCAACAGCUGCCCGACAUCACACGUCGGUCCGCCCCACCAGACGCUUUAUGACUGCGGCGCUGACAGCCGAGCUGGGCCCCGAGUUCGUCUCCGAACCGCCAGACCAGACUCCGGCGUUGACAGCCGAGCUGCAGCCGCUCGCCGCGAGGCGCUCGCUGCACGAGGCACCUUCGGCAGUCAACGGCCCAGAGGCCAGUGACGCUUCCCCGCUGCGACUCGCCGUCGAGGCCAAGACCGAGGGUCCGGCCGGGCCGAGCAUCGCGGCGCGCCUGUGGGCUGCCAAUGAGGACGUGAGCAGGUCGCAGCCAAUCUACUCUUGGGUGGUCAUGGCGCUCACGUAUCUCGAGCUCGCUAUGUCCAUGGCAUGGUUCGGGUGUCCGGCUUGGACCACCCACCCCGUGAUCACGAUCUUGCCCUUCGUGGCGUUCAAGGCGUGUAUUGGAGCGUGCGCGCACGGGGACCCAUGGGCGGCGUGGCGCGAGCCGGUGCGCCUCUUCUUCCCGGAGCCGAGCUCCGCGCUGAGACUGCGCAGAUUGCCCGUCGGCGGGCGCCCGAUGCUCCUGGCGUGGCUGCCUGUUCUCCGCUUGCUUGAGGUGAUCUGUGCUAUCGUAUUCUUCGUGGUGGCAGUCAGCUUACAUCUUGGAGAACGGAUCAAUGACCCCUUCAUCCCGCUGGUGUAUCUUCAGAACGAAAGCGAUGUUAUCCCAAACGCGUUGGCUACGUGCGACCGACUGGGGGUGCCCCCUUUCAUGCCCUGCCAGCAGCUCGACCUCGUGACGUUUGAGCAGUGCACGCAGCUGGCAGGUGGGUGGCUGCUUCGCGGGCAGUGCAGCCAGGCAUAUCAGAGAGAAGAUCCAGAAUACACGACGAUUUCUUUUCAAAACGCUUUCUUCUUGUUCGUUCUACUGGUGUGCUGGAUCGCGCUCGCCUGCCUGGCAGGCACGUGCCGAUGCGCGUGCUUCUGCUGCCCAGCCCAAGACGACGAGGCCCUGGAGCGCGUGCUGCAGCGCGCGAAGGAGAUCGACCCGCAGUUCGCGUCGCCGGAGGACCGGCGCGAGGACGGGCCCAUCGAGGAGGGAACAUUCCGGAUCAUCUACGAAGCGAUCAUGUUCGCGAUGGGCUUGAUGAUUCUUGAUUUGUACAGCGUCUACGCGUACGUCACCACCCAGAACUUCAGAUUCGCCGCCGUCACUUUCCUCGUGUAUCUGAAGGCGCUUUUCAAUUUCUACAAGGUGGUAGGACCAAAGCAAUUCCUCGAUGAGACGAGGAAGUCCAUCGAGCGCGGAUUUCGCACCGACAAGUUCCUCGUGCUCAUGCACCACGAUACCACCUCCCAGGCUGUGAUGCUGCUGAUGAUCCAAUACUACAGCCUCGCCUUUUCAAUGUACGACCCCAUGAAAUUGGUCACGGUGGGUGUUAGCACAUUGCUGUCAAUGCGCAGCGUCGUGCGCGGCGUGUACACUAGCAUACACUUAGGCGUAGAUUUCACAGCCUAGGUAGUGGGUAGUGGGUAGCCCUCCGUGGAAUGUUCCCGAGCCCGCCAGGGCGAACAGCAAGAUGCAUUGCUCCUUUAUCCGCCGCAGGUUUGCUCUUUGGGGGGGAG